AGUUUUCCUGGGAAAAAAUACACAGACUCGCCUGGAUGGAAUCCAGCAUCAUUCCUGAAGUUACCUAUCCCACUAACAUGAAAAAACCAAGUCCAGUGAAGGCCACAAAAGCUCUCACAUCAGUGGGAAUGAAAGUUGCUGCUGCUAAGAGUUCAUUUUCUCAGUCCACUGCAAAAGGUGUCUCUUCAAAGUGCAAAGUGAAGACGUUUGAUUUUAGAGAUCUUGAAUGGACAGAGAAAAUUUCAGAGUGUCCCGUAUACCAUCCAUCAAAGAUGGGGUUUAAGGACCCUUUAAUUUAUCUGCAAAAAAUUGCGCCGGAAGCUUCCAAAUAUGGAAUCUGCAAGAUUGUUUCUCCAAUACAUGCUUCUGUUCCAGCCAGCGUGGUACUAAAGAAAGAAAUUAGAAAUUUCAAGUUUGAAACUAAUAUGCAACCUCUUCGUCUUGCCAAAUGGAACAUGAAUGAGAAGGCCUUAUUCUUCAGAAGUGGAAGGAAAUAUACCUACAAUGACUUUGAGAGAAAGGCAAGAAAGGUGUCUGCUCGUCGAUUAUCUAAUUCUUCAUGUAAUCCUCCUGCAUACAUGGAAAAGGUGUUCUGGCAUGAAAUGGUCAAUGGACAGAAAGGAACAGUUGAGUAUGGAGUCAAUGUUGAUGGCAGUGCCUUUUCAUGUGAUCCUAAUGAUCAGCUUGGUAAAAGCAAAUGGAACUUGAAGCGUUUAUCACGACUUCCCAAUUCCAUUUUGCGUUUAGUUGAAAGAGUUAUACCGGGAAUAACGGACCCAAUGCUUUACAUCGGAAUGUUAUUUGGUAUGUUUGCGUGGCAUGUGGAAGAUCACUAUCUGUACAGCAUUAAUUAUCAUCACUCUGGUGCUCCCAAAACUUGGUAUGGCAUUCCUAGUGAUGCAGCUCUGCAGUUUGAGAGGGUAGUCCAUGAUAACGUGUAUUCUCAAGAUAUCUUAUCAGCUAAUGGGGAAGAUGGUGCUUUUGAACUUCUACAGGAAAAAACCACCAUGUUUCCUCCAAGUAUCCUGCUACAACAUAAUGUACCUGUGUACAAGGCAGUGCAGAUGCCAGGGGAGUUUGUUGUAACCUUCCCCAGAGCAUAUCAUGCUGGAUUUAGCCAUGGCUUUAACUGUGGUGAGGCAGUAAAUUUUGCAACUGGUGAUUGGUUUCCAUUGGGGGCUCUGGCUAGUCAACGUUAUGCUCUUCUUAGAAAGAUUCCAUUAAUACCAUAUGAGGAACUUCUCUGCAAUGAAGCAAUGUUUCUGAUCAACUCUUUAAAAAAAGAAAAUUCUGGUACUUUAUCCGCAGAUUUGACCUCUCAACGUUCUGUUAAAGUUCCUUUUGUUCGCCUCAUAGGACUGCAUAAGCAGGCUCUGCAGUGCUUAAAAGUGUCCUCUACUUCCUCACAUGCUCAAGACACUCAAGUAUGUGGCCACUGCAAGCGUGACUGUUACUUGGCAUAUAUCAUGUGCACCUGCUGCUACUCUGAUCCUAUCUGCCUUUUUCAUGAUAUUGAUUUGCUUAAUUGUUCAUGUGGGGAAAAAUGUACCAUUUUCUUGAGGGAGGACAUAUCAGCAAUGGAAGAUGCAGCUCAAAAAUUUGAACAGAACAAUCAUCAACAUGAAGGAAGGAAUGCCAACAACAGAAAUGUAAGCUCUAUGGAAGAGGCAUCGACCAUGAAAAUGAAAGAAAUGGAAAUUGGCAAGCUCAAUGGGGGAAAAUCUAACAAGAGAAGGUUCAAGAGUCAUAGAAUGAGAGGGCCUUCACUAUCUAGGGAUUGCAAGAGGGUUAGAAGAGUGAGCUGAGCUGACCAAAACAUAAUUCACUAGUGCCUCAGGAUUGUCUUCUAGAGUUUGACAUCACUAAGACACCAACUUCUUUACUACUUUAGGAUCCUCUAGAGUUCUUAGGAUAACUCCAAUAUAGAAUUCCUAAUAACUCUAGAGGAUCUUAAUCCCUUCAUUACCAUGACUUUCUAACAAGAAAGAAUGCACAGAAGAAAUUUUUAGCAAUUACUGACUUUCUGACAAAGAAAAGAGAAUAGUUCAAUUGAGGUCCUGGCAUAAUCAGAUUCAAGUGGCUCUCAGCUUUCCUUAUCAUUCUUCCUUUUUUAUUAAAUGGAUAUAUUCAUAGAUAUCUGCAAGGUAUACAUGGUAGUUUAGAAGGCUCCAGGGACAAAUUUUACAUUGCUCAAGAGUAGUUAGGAAGGCAUAAGUUUUGUAGUAUUCAAUAGUGGUUAGAAAGGCUCAAAAUUUUGUACAAUCAAUCAAAUUCUGAGAAGAAUUUUGUAUAUUACUGUUGUCUUUGACAUAUGAUUCCGUCUUCUUAGUUUUGAAGCAAAAUGCUGUAUAUCAAAAUGCUGUCUUUGACAUAUUAAUGUUGUA